GCAGCCUCGUAGGAAAUUCGAAUGGAAACUUCGCGCUUCACGCCCCCAUAGUAACGAGGCCCCGGGAUUCAAAUGAACGCAACUUUAUGGAGCGCCUCACGGCGGCAGAAACAUUGCGCGAGGGGCGGAGCCUCCCCCGGCGUGAGGAGGCAACGUGCAGCCGCAUUGCCCGGGAGUACGGGACACUCCCUCCGGUUCCGGGUCAAGCCGUUCUCCCGCUUUCCCUCCCCGCCUUGGCGGGCAGUAGCCAUGGCAGGGAGUAAUAGCGGUGCCGCCGCCGCCGCGGCCAACCUGAAUGCGGUGAGGGAGACCAUGGACGUUCUCCUUGAGAUUUCAAGAAUAUUGAAUACUGGCUUGGACAUGGAAACACUCUCUAUUUGUGUACGUCUGUGUGAGCAAGGAAUAAACCCAGAGGCCUUAUCCUCUGUCAUUAAAGAACUUCGCAAGGCCACAGAAGCACUAAAGGCUGCUGAAAAUAUGACAAGCUGACUUCAUGGAGGGAUCUCUUGAUUAGAUGAGCAUCAAGAUCUGGAACAUGUGAAGAUUGCAUAUGGAAUGAAAUUAGUUUUUACAGCAAUGUAAAAUUAAACCAUAGCUUUAUAUUAUAGUGGAAAGUAGCUUAUUGAGAUCUCAGAUAACUGUUUAGUUCACAUCUUUAUUUCCUUUUUUUAACAGUCCUAAUGGUUUACAAAUACCACACUAUUAUUUAUAUAUUCUUUAUUUAUAGCUUUGAAAGCUUUAAUUUUGUAAACAGUCUGUCAAAUGUGGCACAUUUGCUCUGCCUAGUUGAAAGUAUAGUGGAAACUAUCAACACUGAUGUAGUAGUUAUGACUUGUUGACAUUUCCAUUAUAAAUUCUAAUUUUGAAUCGUUUGUGUGUAAUAACUUUAUGGUUUUACUUUUCACUGGGCUAGAAGUUGGCAGAAUUUCAGAGAUCUUUUGAGUGUGUCAGUUUUUAUUUAAAUCCAUUAUGUAUGUCAAUUUUGUUUUGUAUAAAAGCAUGUUAAUUUCUUAUAGUCUCUACUAUUGUAACUAAAAUACUUAGUUUCUUAAACAAUUUAGCUGACAUUGAAUAAUGUGAACUAGAUCACUUUUUUAUUAAAAAUAAAACUUUUAGAAACAGCUGUUAGUUGCUAUUUGAAUCAUCUAAAGCCAAUGAAAAUAUCUUAGUUUUGUGGGGUUUUUUGCCUUUUAAGAUUUAUGAUCUUAUUCGAAAACCUCAGUAAUAAUGUAUUUAUGAUAAAUAUGACCAACAUGCAAAAUCCCUUUUAUUAAGUAAAAAUAAUUUGUUUGCUGAAUAAUUAUCAAAUAAAUUUUUAUUCAUUGGAUGAAAAUUAUUUUAAAGUUUAAAUUUAACUUUUUUUUAGGAUAAAAAGAUUUCAAGUCAUUAUACAAAGACUAAAUAAAAUAGGCCAAAUAUCAAGAAUUGUUAAACUGUGCCUUCUUAAAAUCACUUUUGUGAUAUUAUUUUACCCUGAUAGUUCUGUUUCUCGGUGGUGCAGUAAAGAGGGAUUUUUAGAAAGGACAGAAUAUGGAAAUAAAGAACUAGUGUUAUUGAUUCUCUGCAUAAUUACUUAUUUUUAUGGCAUGUUAAUGUGCUUUUUAAAAAGGCUUCUGCUCUCUCCACUAUUGUUUUUAAAACAUAAGCAGAAUUUUUUCCUAUUUAUCAUUCAAACACAUGUAGAAUUCACUGGAAAAUUUCUCAUGUAUAGGAGGGCUAAGUAGCAGCCACAUUUGUUCUAUAGUUUCUAUACUUGCCAGAAAUGGGGCAAUGAAGGAGGGCAGGGAGUAAUAACUUGCAAUAUCAAGAACAUAACUGCCUGUUAAUGUUUUUAGACUCCUAACAUCUAUAGAAAAUGAACUCUUUUGGUCUGCCUUUAAAUAAAACAAAUUUUUUAUCUAGCUCUUAGGCCUGAAAGUGAAAAGCAAUUUAGUGCAUUCAAUCUUAAUUUUUUUCUUCUAAUGUAAUGGCCCAGAUUCAGUUUAUGAAUUUAUAAUGUCACAAAUUAAGUUAUGUGGAAAAUGCAGGAAAAAAAUGUGGGAAGAGGUCUAUGUUUACAGAGGGCUUCCUGAAUGUGUUACAUUUCUGAAAUGUAAAUCUAUUUUUUUAAUGCAUAUUCAUAAUCUUUCAAAGGAUAUUUAAGGAAAUGAAACAAACAAUAACUGUAAAAUUGUAGUCUUGUGCAUGUUAUCACUGACAAUAAAACUGAAUAGUUUUGAAAGGUACUUUUGAUUUGUUUCCCAUGUAUUAUGUAUUGGAAAAAAAAUCAACCAUGUGAAGUACCAUAGUCAUUUUAUGUAUAUGUGAGUAUUCUUAAUAUUUCUAUUAUAAAUAUUUAUGUACUUAGUUAUUCAUGAUUUUACUCAAUUCCGUAGAAGUGCUGUGUCAAUGUGUCUUUUAAAUAAAUUUUUAUCAAUA